GUUUUUUAUAAUUUUAAAACAAAAUAAAAUGGCUUUAAAAGGAAUCAAGGUUUUAGAAUUUAGUGGAUUGGCACCUGGACCUUUAUGUGGUAAAAUUUUAGCUGAUUUUGGAGCUUCAGUUGUAAGAAUAGAUAAGCAUCCCGAAAAUCCACUCGAUAUUCUUCAACAUGGAAAACGUACUUUGGCUUUAAAUAUUAAGAACACAGAAAGCCAGGUUUUAAUAAAAUCGUUGUGUAAGAAUUACGAUGUUUUGAUAGAACCAUACAGACCAGGUGUAAUGGAAAGGAAUCGGCUAGGUCCAGUAGAUCUUUUAAAAGAGAAUCCUCGUUUAAUUUACGCCCGAUUAACUGGCUUUGGUCAAAAUGGAAUCUUAGCUCAAAGAGCUGGACAUGAUAUAAAUUAUUUAGCUAUUUCGGGUAUACUUUCACUUUUAGGUAGAAAAAAUGAAAAACCAACUCCGCCCGUAAAUUUAAUGGCUGACUUUGCCGGCGGUGGAGUUCUUUGCGCUCUUGGAAUAUGUAUGGCAUUGCUUGAGAGAACAAGAUCUGGUAUUGGGCAAGUAAUAGAUAGUUCAAUGGUUGAAGGUGCAGCUUAUGUUGCUAGUUGGUUAAUAAUGUCUCAAAAUUUACCUAUAUUGUGGGGGCGAUCAAGAGGUGAUAAUUUACUAGAUUCUGGGAAAUUUUAUUAUGAUACAUAUGAAACGAAAGAUGGCAAGUAUAUGUCUGUAGGUGCCUUAGAACCUCAAUUUUUUGAAAAAUUUAUUGAAGGACUUGGUAUUGAUAAUGAUUUAGUUUCGCAAUCAACUGAUAAUGUAAAAGCUAAAGAAAUUGUAGAAAAAAAAUUUUUAGAGAAAACUCAAGAAGAGUGGUCAAAAAUUUUUGAAAACAAUGAUGCUUGCGUGUAUCCGGUAUUAGAUUGGAAAGAAGCUUGGAAACACUCGCAUAAUAAAGAAAGAAAAAGUUUUAAACUGAAAGAUAAUGGCAAUGUUAUACCAGAACCAUCUCCAAAAUUAAUUAGAACACCAGGAAAAGUUGGAGUUGUACAUAAAGCUGAUUUUGACAAUAUUUUAGAUAUUUUAAGUGAUAUUGGAAAAACUGCAGAGGAUGUUAAAAAUUUAAUAGAAGAUGGUGUACUUCUGAUAUCAAAGCAAAACGGAAAUCUUUAGUUUUAACUCUAUUAAAGCAAAAAGGCAAAAAAAUGAAAAAAAACCCGACGUAAUUUUUUUACGUGAAAUAUUAUGAAAUUUCUAAAAAGGUGUAUCGGUUUAAUAAAAUAUUUUUAAUAACAUGCA